AUGGGUUCAGACCAGAGUGCAAGUAUGAAUGCGCUCGAAGGCGCGAGAUUCACGUUCGAGCGACAGCGUCACACUUCCAUGGCUGUCUCUACCAAACGCGAUUUUCCCCAAGACCGCACCCGAGGCCAGCGCGCCAGCCUCGCGACGCCACCGCAGGAAUCCCCGCCGGAGCGUGCGCUCGGCGUGGCGAUUGUCCGGGUCGAGAUGACGCUCCCGUACGCGGCGGACGCGGAGGACGCGCCGGCCGAGGGCGCCGCGGCGCCGCGGCCGAGCUGCUCGAAGAUCCCCAUCGUCGAGCUGCUGUUCGACGAGGCGCAGAGGGUGGACCGGGGGAAUCUGAGGCUGCUGCUGAGGUACGUGGGCGAUCUGAGCGCGCGCUUCCAGGACGAGUUGGAUGCGAAGGAUCGGGAAGCGGCCGACAGCGCCGCGGAAGGGGAGGCCGAGUCUGGCGGCGUGAUGGGGUCUCGGGGACCGAGAGCAACGUCCGGUACCUCACGUCGCUGGAAAGAGCCGGAACCGGUCCCCAUGAAGGAGAACUUUCCCGGCUUGGAUUGA